AUGAGGAAGGUUAUUGCGGUCGACGACACUUAUUUAUACGACAAGUACGAGGGGGUGCUGCUAAGCGCAGUUGCACAGAAUACGAAGAACCAUAUUUAUCCCAUUGCCUUUUAUGUCAUUGACAAGGAGAAUGAUGUGUCUUGGACAUUCUUCUUUAAGAAGCUGAAGUCUAUUGUGGUUGAUGGACCAGAUUUGUGCUUUAUCUCCGAUAGGCACAAGAGCAUCGUGAAGGCGUACAACCAUGCUCAUUAUGGGUACUGUAUGAGACACCUAGGUGAAAAUCUCUGGGUAAAUCACCAAUGCGGAGAACAUCUCUAUCUAUUCUACAAUGCGGCAAAGGGAUAUUCUCCCAAGGAGUUUAGCAACCAUUUUGUAGAAUUCAAGAACUACUGUCCCGAGGUAGCCUUUUUCCUCGAGCAUGAGCUUGGUUUUAAGAAGUGGACCAUGUCAUAUUUCCCCGACAACUGGUUUGACAUGAUGACCAUAAAUAUUGCCAAGUCGGUGAACGCUAUAUUGAUUACCGAAAGGGAGUACCCCGUGGCAUCCAUAUUCAAUUCGAUUGCCAAGAGGUUUGGUGAAUUAUUUAGGGAGAGGCAUGCCUGCGUCCUCAAAUAUAAGGAUAAAAAAUUUGUGCCCACCUUCAAAAAUAUCUUAAGAUACAAUAUGAGCAAGGGAGACUCCUUCUAUAUGGAGAACAUAAGCGAGGACAAAAGGCAAUACACUGUGUUCGAAAGUGGCUGUACGGCCAAAGUCGACCUACCGAAAAGGUCAUGUUCUUGCAGAAAGUUUGACCUGGUCAAAAUAUCAUGCGAUCAUGCGAUGACCGCUUUAUGA